CGCAUGCGUCGGUCUGUUCCCCACAUGAUCGCACAGUACAGCUGUAGUCGUCAAUAUCUACAACAAGUAAAUGCCGGUGGACUGAGCCGCCAUGAUGGCAGCCAGGCUGAGCUUCAGUAACAUCACCGCCUUGGCUCCUAUGGUCCGGGUGGGGACUCUCCCCAUGAGGCUGCUGGCUCUGGACUAUGGAGCUGAUGUGGUUUACUGUGAGGAGCUGAUUGACAUUAAAAUGGCCCAGUGUCAGAGAGUGGUGAACGAGGUGCUGGAGACGGUGGAUUUUGUUGCUCCUGAUGAUCGUGUAAUGUUCAGGACCUGUGAGCGGGAGAGGGACAGAGUUGUCUUCCAGAUGGGAACUGCUGACCCAGAAAGAGCACUGACUGUGGCCCAGCUUGUGGAAAAGGAUGUGGCCGCUAUCGAUGUAAAUAUGGGCUGCCCUAAGGAAUACUCCACUAAGGGUGGGAUGGGAGCUGCUCUUCUGUCAGAUCCAGAUAAGAUUGAGGCAAUCCUCAAGAAGCUGGUGACUGGAGUCGGCAUUCCUGUGACAUGUAAAAUCAGAAUCUUGCCCUCGGUGGAAGACACGGUCAGUCUAGUUCGGAGGAUUGAGAAGACUGGCGUUGCUGCCAUCGCUGUGCAUGGCAGGUUUAAGGAGGAGCGUCCCAGGCACCCGGUCCACUGCGAUUACAUUCAGGCUGUCUCUCAGGCGGUUUCCAUCCCUGUCAUCGCCAACGGGGGUUCUCUGGAUCUGGUGAAGAAAAACGGUGACAUUGAGGAGUUCAGGAAGGCAACGGGAGCCUCGUCAGUCAUGCUGGCCCGGGCCGCCAUGUGGAACGCAUCAGUGUUCAACAGCCAGGGUCCAGUUCCUGUUGAAAGGGUCAUGGAGGAAUACCUCAAAUACGCCAUCAGGUACGACAACAACGCUUUCAACACUAAGUACUGUCUGUGUCAAAUGCUGAGAGAUAAGGUGGAGUCUCCUCUGGGGAAGCAGGUGCAGGCGGCCCAGACCAACGCUGAGAUCAGCAACGCGUACGGGCUGCAGGAGUUUUACCAGCAGAUCCAGGAACAGCAGCAGGUUAGAAGGGACGCCCUUCAGAAUGGCAGCCAGCCCGACAAGCCUGUCAUGGAUGGAGACGUCAUCACCAUGGCUGUCAAGUUUGAACGGAGGGAGUAUCCACCUCAGAUUACUCCAAAGAUGUUUUUGUUGGAAUGGAGCCGCAAAGAGAAACUGGAGCAGCCCUUCUACGAGACGGUACAGCGAGCUCAGGAUCGAGCCUUUCAGUCGACAGUGAUGGUAGCGGAGAAGAAGUACAGAUCUUCACUGUGGGAGAAGUCAAAGAAAUUCGCAGAACAAGCCGCUGCCAUCGUUUGCCUGCGAGUGCUGGGGAUUCCUGAAGGCCGCAUCGGUGAGGAAGACUCCGGUCUGGUCUGCAAGAGGAAGAGGGAACGUAAGGUGAACGGUAGCGCCGAGGAGGAAAUCAGCAAGAAACGUCACGUAGCUGAUGUCCAACAGGAAGCGGAGACCUCAGAGACUGCUGUGGUAACCAACGGCAACCAUCACAAACCAGACACACCUCCAGAACGACAGAAGAGUUCAUAAAAACAAAACAAACAUCAGAAACAAUUGAAUUAUAAGGAAAAGACACUGGAAAUGGAACUGAUGUGAGUUUUAUGAGCAGCCUUUAGCGGUGACUUUUAUUUUUUCAACACCAAACAGCGUAUUGACUUUUUACAGAUUUAGCCUGAAUUUUAUGUUUCCCACUGCUGCAUGACUCUGCCUUUAUGUUACUGGACCAUUUUUUUUGUUCAUCUCUUCAAGUGUUUUACGUUUGUACUUGUAGCCACCAAGUACGACUGUGGUCUUCAACUGGAUCAGCUGGUUUGGUGCCUCUUAGUAAAUUUAAGAUAUUUAUUUAUAACCAUAGUUUCAGGUCAUUAUAAUCCCUCUUGCUUUCCAUACAGGAUUGAAGGUAUAUUGUUUAGGCCAAAAAAACAAAAACAAAGAUGACUUCAGGAAUAUAUUGUUUUUCUACUGUUAAAGGCCCCAUCCACACUAAUGCAGGUAUUUUGCUAAUCAAGUAUUUUGUCUGUACUUUGUGCCUCGUCCACAUGUUAAUGGUGGUUUUUUUUUGUUUUGUUUUUUUAUUGGAGACUCUGAAUCCAAAGUGAAUAUUUAAAAAAACAAAAACAAAAACCAGUUUGUAUAUAUCCAUGUGGACAGAGAGAUUGGAAAACUAUGGUGUCACACCCCAUUUUGCUUUGUCUAAUGAAGCUGCAUCUGAAACAUCAAAUCCAGGUGUAUGAAUGAGUGUAUGACCUGCAGCAGAUGGAGGUCAGCACAGAUACCUUCGAGAGAUCGACCAGACUGGUGUUAUGGCUAAAUCUACACCAGGUAAAAGAUACACAUCAACCACCCCAAUUAACAUUUAAGGUAACUGAAGUUUAUAAGUGAACUUGUUGCUGUUCACAUUCAUGACAGAUUAAACCCUGUGCAUGUGUGACGUCCAGUAUUAUUCACAGUGGUCACAGUUUAAAGUCCAACAAAAAAUAAUUUGUCAGGUCUUUGGGGGGGUCAUUUUUGUGUUGAUUUGGACAGAUGUUUUGUAAAGUGUUUUUUUUUUUUUUUUUUUUUUUAAACGUAGGAAGAAAAUAUCCUAUUAGAACAAAUAGGCACGUUAGUGUGGACAGGGGCCUAAAUCUGACCAGCUCUACACCUCCCUCCAUGCAUGAGGGAAGUGUGUUUAUGAAAGAAAAGUAAAAACUGCCUUGGAAAGACGAUUCAGAGAAGGGCUGCAUGAUAACACUUCAGCAUUGUCAUCACGUGCGAGACCAUUUGAAGCAAAUUAAUUUAAAAAAGAUAAUAUUAGAUUAAUUUAGCACUUGCUCAGUCUUCUUUAUUUCUGAUCUAUAAAAAAACCCCUCAAAUUUACAAUUUAUAUAGAGUUUGUUUGUCUUCAUCAUUGUAAUUAUCUACACAGUGGUAGCCUGCUACAGUCUAAUUUAAUUUUCCAGUUUCAUAAUGAAUUGAAAACAAUUUUCCCUCUCAUAAUGGCAUAGAAGAUCUUUGAUGUUGUGUUUCAUCAAGUUAUUCUGGCAAUUAUAUAUCAGGCUAUUAAAAAACACAGUCAUUUUAGGCAUUAAGAAUUGAACCGAGUUACUGUUGUGACUCGUUUUUAUGACUUUUAUUUCCAAAACAUGUUAAACUCCUGUAAAACACUGAUGGAUUCACUAAAAAAGACUGAAGGGUGUUCAUUAGUCUUGCGAUAUGAAUGCUAAAAACAACAGGUUACAAUUAUUUUAAUGUCGCACUCUAUUUCAGAGGAGUCGUCACACAGCUCAAGAACUCGUGUGUUCUGAAUAUUGAAGAACAAUUUGAAUUGCUAGUAUCGUGCAGCCCUAGCUCAAGUGCAGUUCCAAAGUAAAAAUGCCCAUUGCAUAACCUGAUUUUCAGUUUUUUUUAAUUUAUAUAUAUAUAUAUAUAGAUAUUUAAAUCCAUGUUUUAACUUAGUACCUGAAGUUGGAUUUGCUGCUAGUCGGGGACAGUCGUGCGCCUUCACACUCUUCAUUUCAGAUAAAUGUAUAAAAUCAACCUUGGUGCCUUAAACACAAACUUUUUGUGUUUCCUCAUGUACUUUCUGUUGAUUACACUAACUUUUUAAGUGAUUUGUGGUGCCAAAAAGCUGACAUUGAUAUUGCCUUUACAUUUAUGAAAACCUCUAAGUCUUCCAGACAACAUUUUCUUUGUAUUUUCAUCUUAAUCAUAAAUACAUGAGCCAGUUUAAUUGUAACAGUAAUAAAUAAUACA